UGGAUAACGGUUGGGUUUGUGAAAGUUUCCAGCGUUACGCAUGUGCAAGAGUGGAAACCGUUCAAGAGGUAUUCCAUGAGUUGCCGGUCCAACAUGGAGAGAAAAGUCCUAGCGCUACAGGCAAGGAAGAAAAGACCCAACAAAGGGAAAAAAUCGACCAAGAAGCCAGACCCCCACCCCAGAGCACCCCCACAGCCAGAGGACUCCCCACAGCAGGAGCCAGAGGAGGAGAUCCUGGGCUCUGACGACGAGGAGCAGGAGGACCCCAACGACUACUGCAAGGGUGGCUAUCAUCAUGUUAAGAUCGGCGACCUGUUCAACGGGAGGUACCAUGUUAUCCGCAAGCUGGGCUGGGGACACUUCUCCACGGUGUGGCUGGCCUGGGACAUCCAGGGGAAGCGCUUUGUGGCGAUGAAGGUGGUAAAGAGCGCAGAGCACUACACAGAGACGGCGCUGGACGAGAUCAAACUCCUCCGGUCGGUUAGAAAUACGGACCCGGAUGACCCCAACAGAGAGAGGGUCGUCCAGUUGUUGGAUGACUUCAAGAUAUCUGGCAUCAACGGCACUCAUGUAUGUAUGGUGUUUGAGGUCAUGGGACACCACCUGCUCAAGUGGAUCAUCAAGUCCAACUACCAGGGUUUGCCUCUGCCCUGUGUCAAGACCAUCAUACGACAGGUUCUGCAAGGCCUGGACUACCUGCACACAAAGUGUCAGAUCAUCCACACGGACAUCAAGCCGGAGAACAUCCUGAUGAGCGUGGACGAGCCCUACGUCCGGCGGCUGGCAGCCGAGGCCACGGAGUGGCAGAAGGCCGGAGCUCCGCCCCCUUCUGGCUCCGCUGUGAGUACAGCGCCACCUCCAAAACAAGCGGUGAAGAUGUCGAAGAACAAGAAGAAGAAGCUGAAGAAGAAGCAGAAGCGGCAGGCGGAGCUGCUGGAGAAACGCAUCCUGGAGCUGGAGGAGCUGGAGAAGGGCUGUGAGGAGGGGGAGGAGGAGGAGGAGGGCGAGGGGGACCUCCCCGUCUGCGCCCCCCUGCGGAGCCCCGAGGAGCCCCCCUGCGCCCCCCUGCAGACCGCCUCCCUCCACGACAUCGCCAGCGAGCUCACGGAAGAGAGCAGCGCCGAAGGCUGGGGUCAGAACGAGGGCAUGGUGGAGAUGAACUGUAACGGCUACACCCCCGACAGCCCCUCCCAGGGGCGGGAGGAAGACGAAGAGCAGCCGGGGCGGUGCGUGGAAGAAGACCGGCAAAACGCCAACGACAACCAGCAGGGGGCGCAGGACUCUGAGGGGCAGCCGGAGCCCCUCUCCAACGCGGCCUACCAGACCUGCAACGGCACGGUGGCGGGCAACCUCGGCGACGACCUCGGCAACGGGCCCACGAUUAUCGACGCGGGCCAAUCGGCACCCUCUACGUGGCAGGAGGAAGAGCAGCAGACGGGGGAGCCGGGCACGGGGCGCACGCCGACGGAGGAUGUUCCGGAAAACCAGGAGGAGAGCCUGAGGAACGCCAAGCUGGCAGCCGGGAACCUGCUGGUGAACCCUCUGGAGCCCUUCAACUCCGAUAAGAUCCAAGUGAAACUUGCCGACCUGGGGAACGCCUGCUGGGUGCAUAAGCACUUCACAGAAGACAUCCAGACACGGCAGUACCGCUCCCUGGAGGUGCUGAUCGGGGCGGGGUACAGCACGCCCGCUGACAUCUGGAGCACGGCCUGCAUGGCGUUCGAGUUGGCGACUGGGGACUACUUGUUCGAGCCGCACUCCGGUGAAGAUUACUCGAGAGACGAAGACCACAUUGCGUUGAUCAUUGAGCUGCUGGGGAAGGUUCCUCGUAAGCUCAUUGCGGCCGGCAAAUACUCCAAGGAUUUCUUCACCAAGAAAGGGGACCUGAAGCACAUCACCAAGCUGAAGCCCUGGGGCCUGCUGGAGGUGCUGGUGGAGAAGUACGAGUGGCCCCCGGAAGAGGCGCAGACCUUCUCCGACUUCCUGCUGCCCAUGCUGGACCUCAUCCCCGAGAAGAGGGCCACCGCGGCCCAGUGCCUGCGCCAGGCCUGGGUCACCCCCUAGUGGCACCUCCGCGCCGCUGCACCUCCCAGACCCCCGGCCCCCUCCCCCCUCCCCUCUCCCCUCCACACGACAGUGACUGAACCCACCGGCCCCAGCCAAUAGUGGCAGUUCCCCCAUCCCCCCCCCCCCCCCCCCCGGACGACUCCCUCCAAAAACCCUAGCACAUUUAUUAAUUUAUUUCCGUUUUGUUUCGUAUCGUUUUUUCUUGUUUGUGUUUUUUUUCUUUCUUUCUUACCGGACGUUACUUGAGUAUGUCUCAUUUUUUUCAUGUUGUUCCCUUUCCUCUCCUGAACCUGAAAAGCUGGUGCUGAAAAAUGUUGGUUUUCGACGCCGACCGCUCAAAGGGCCCGUCUUUGUCCAUUUCCACACACGGCAGUGGCUUUUUUUAUUUUAUUUUAUUUUGUUUUUCUUUUUUUGAAGCAGACUAUCAGCAACUCCAAGGACAUUACCUGCAGAGUGGUACAGCGGUCAGUUCAUCGGUUGGUUUGGUGUUGGAUUGUGUUUUCAUUUGCAUUGUUUCUGUAUGACUGUGCAACAGAGGUGACGGCCGUGUCCUGCUCUGAAGUGCAGAGCUCAGACCAGUAGGGGGCGCCGGAGAAGGCUGUGAACGGGCAACCUCGGCUACCAGUCAAGCCCAAAACCACAAACAGAGACUUUGCACCUUCUCCACAAAGGCCUUAUAUUUGCUUUUCUCAAAUUUCACAAGGUUUGGGGUGUUUGUCUUUUAAUAGCUUCAGCAGGAAUGGUCCAUCUUGUUGAGAGGUUAUAUAUUUCACAAGUUCGCCAGCCUCCGUCUUCAGAUAAAAUAAACAUCGGUUUGAUGGAUUACUUUUGGUCAUCCUUUUCCCUUUUCAUUUUCACCUGUGAUAAUUGUCUUCUCCAAAUUCAAAAUGGAGGCUGCCCCUGUCCACGGUGAAGUGGCGAAAUGAUUGCGUGUGUCUGUGUGCUUUCUGUGUGUGUGUUUGUGUGUGCGCGUGUAUGUGUCCGUUUGUGUGCGCAAGUGAAUACACUCUUACCAAAGAGUUUGCCUUCUGUAUAUUACAACCGUGUACAGUUUUUACGGAAUUCCGAUACCAUUGUGUAUUAGAUAAAAAAAUAUAUUUAGGUGGCAAUGUUUUAACUAAUUUUGGAAAAAAGGCUGGAUUUCCUAGCUCUUCUGUAAGUCUAGCUGCCUUUUUUUUUUUUUUUUUUUUUUUUUUUUAAGAAAGAAAACAACAACAAAAAAAGUGUUUCCCUAAUGUUGCUCUUUCGGUCUAAAAAACAGAGCCUGGGGCUACAAUGCUGUGAAAGACGCCGGCCUUCUGCUCUCUUCCGGUUGGCUUUUGUUUGUUUAGUUUCUUAUAUUUCUUUUCUUUUUUCUUUUCUUUUUUUACUUCUCACUACACAGGUCUUCCUUGCCUCCCUCGUUCUACAUGCUUGUUCACUGCGGAACAUGAAUAGAGAUAUUUUCCCCCCUGUGGAUCAUAGGUAAUAAAGAGGUUUUUAAAAUGA